CAAUUUUGAUUUGAGUUGUGUCUCCGGUACCCGGUUCUCCGACUCCAGCUGUCAUAGUGCCCAUCCCACCGCCCGCGAUCCCAGCAACAAUAAUAAAAAAUCCACAGACGUGCCCGUCCUGUGUUUUCUGGAUUUCUGCACUGCAUGCUAACACGGAAACUUUGAACUAAGAUGAAUGGUAACAAAGUUGAAACUGCUGCAGACAAGUCAGAAAAUCUAGUGGAGGAAACUGUACUAGAUGGCUCCACUUCGACCUCAACCUAUUUUGAGUCAUACGAAGACUUUACUGUCCAUAGACUGAUGCUAGAAGACAUUCCUAGGACUGAAUCGUACAAAAGAGCCAUUACGCUUUCAAACAUGUUUAAAAACAAACUUGUCAUGGACGUGGGUGCUGGAACUGGAAUUUUAUCGCUUUUUUGUGCUCAAGCUGGCGCCAAAAAGGUGUACGCUGUGGAAGCGAGUAAGAUUGCUCUGAUUGCAUUGGAGAAUGUUAAAGAAAACAACUUUGCAGAUGUUGUAGAGGUAAUUCAGAGUCGAGUGGAAGACCUUCCGGAAAGCAUCAAAGUGGACAUCAUUGUUUCAGAAUGGAUGGGAUUCUACUUGCUUCAUGAAUCGAUGAUUGAUUCUGUCAUCCACGCGCGAGACAAACAUUUGAAACCCGGUGGCACGAUCUUCCCUGAGUACGCCACCUUGAAUUGCGCCCUUUGCUCAGCAUCGCCUCUUUUUACUACAAAUUGGGAUAAUAUAUUCGGCCACAAAAUGUCUUCAAUGAAAGUAUUGGAGCGCCAGUCGCUGAUGGCUAAGCCUCAAGUCGAAAUGCUGGAAGAAGAAGACAUUCUUUCAGUGAGCCGAAAUAUCCUAACCAUUGACAUGAACUCCGUGACCGUUCAAGACGUGUCAGCAAUCAGAAGCAAAGUUUUUAUCUCGACUCACAAGUCUGGCAUUUACCAAGGAGUGGUUCUUUGGUUUGACGUAACAUUCCCUGAGCCAGAUGAAGAAAACGAAGAGGCUUCAGCAGAAAUCGUGCAGCUCGACACAUCUCCCUUUUCACCUCAAACUCACUGGAAGCAGACAAUUAUUUUAUGGCCGGAAGACAGAGAAGUGGAAGAAGGGGACAUUGUAGCGUUUGAGCUUUUCCUUGGAAGAAGCAACCCUGAGAGCCGUUCAUACGUCAUCCAACUGUCCGAACUUGAUGCAGCAACCGAGGAACAUCCUGUGCCAUGCGAAUGUGGCAGUGCCAAAUGCGAUGUUGUCCGUGCCUUUUUAGAAAAUUGUGAUGAUAACAAUGAAGAUCAAGACAUGGUUUCAAUAAAUUAAUAUUUUAUUAAAAGUA